GGUGAGGGCGCUGUCGUGCGUGCCCUGCGCCCAGACCACCUGCGAGAAGAGGUCGAUGGUCAAGUACUGCUCCUUCGGCUUCGUGCUGGAUAUGUGCGGAUGCUGCUUCGUGUGUGGCAAGGGUCCGGGGGCGGCGUGCGGCGGCCAGUGGGCGUGGCACGGGCGCUGCGGGCGCGGCCUGGAGUGUCGCUACCCCGAGGUGCCGAAGGGCGACGUCUCGCCGCCCUUCUUCCUGAGCGGCCUCCCGGGGCGCUGCGUCAGCACCAACACCACCAUUUCGGACAAGAUCAACGUCUUUUUCUCGUGGAUUUCCUCCUUCAUCCAGAAUACGAUCAUGGGCGGGGACUAGUGGCUGCUUCCUACCCCCUCAACCUCCUUUUCGUUCUCUCUUUCUCUUCUUCCCCCUCUCUUUUAUCCUUGGCCCCCCUUCCUUUCCCUUUCUUAAACGCUCAACAGCCGACCCUUUCAUCCGUAUUUUGUCUCCCGUUCUGCUUUUGUUUCAAAAUAGUAUGUCUUAUUAUUGUUCUUUUCAGCUGUCAGUCUAUCUCUUUUCCCAUUAGGCAUUUAUUGUAUAUUUACUUUUGUUUUGCUAAAACCAUUGUUAACACUGCUAAUGUCAUCUUAAUUUUAGGAAUAUAAUUAUUUUUCUCUAUAUUUUCUUUCUAAACUAAAACAAAGUGAUAAUCAGUGACGGGAAAGUGAAGUGAUAAUGAGUGAAAAAGGAAAGAAAUGGAU